UGCGUAUCGACCAUAAACGCUUUCAGGGUGCAGGUAUCACAUGUUUACUGUGUACGUUCUUGCUCCAUCAGCUGCAUUGGCCAGGUUUCUAAUGCCUUGCUAGCCUGCACAACAGUAAAUGCCUAGGAACAAGUCCGAAGAGGAUUUUGUUCACUGAACGGAUUUUAAGCUUUCGUUGCCACCAAAGUUAUAGGCGGAUUUACGUUGAAGUCGACGGAAUAUUGAGUCAAAAGUUUGUUCCAACUUGUUGAAAAGGUCGAAGAAAGGAGACUGCCGUCGUGGCUGUCCGGGUCAGGCCAGCAUUGGAUUACUUGCCAAACCUGAACCAUUCAAGCUGGCGAUCUAACUGGAAUUAUUGAGUUGAGGAGGCGGACUGGAUCGUUUCCAAGAUGGCGGUCGAUCCCCACCAUCAUCCUGUGAGAGACCCCCUCUAUCACUUUGACACUCACUUCCCGGAGCGUCUCUCGCGGUUGUAUGUAAAUCAGGAUUUCCCAGCGCCAAGCAGACGACAGAAGAAGAUGGCUGCUCGGAUUGGCCAACGUUACAGGACGCAACCAAUCACGUUUGACGAAAUAAAGGAAGUGGAUGAGGAUAGUGCACCGAGUCCGAAGCAGGCCGGGGACGAUCUCGAUGGCAUCAAGAGUCAGUUUUCUGCUUUCUCCAAAUCCAUGGACGGUUUAGUUGCGCAGAAGUUAUCGGCGGCUGCUGCCGAGGCGCCGUUAGAAAAGGAGGAAGAGGAGGAUGAGUUACUGACUAAAACAAGUGAAUCAGAGAACUAUUCCACGCCUAAACCAACGUACCCGGCGCUGAAGCGACCUGACAGAAAACGGAACAAAAAUGCUAAACAAAGGAUAGCCCCUGACUGAUCUCAUGAUGUGAUGGAAAGGACGAUUUUGUACAGUGCGUUUAUAAACAGUGCCUUAUAGCCAUGCAGUUUGAGGAGGAAUAGCAAGUGGUAAACACAGAGGUUUGAUAUGUAUCUAUCAGGCCGGGCCCAGUAUCGUAAAACAAUAUAAAGAUAAAAGGUUUCCAAGUGCAACAACUGAAGACGGAAGGGGGCAGUCACCACUUUCCUUGAGCGGAGUUUUGACGACAGUCUGUCGCUUUUACGCGGAUCAAGAUCUAGCCUCCAGCUCUAUAGCAUGCAGCAUGAUUGCAGGAGGGGGGGGGGGUCCGAUGGUACUUAAGGACCAUCUCCCUUUAACCAGUCAGUAUCUGGUUGACAGGGCAGAGCUUUUGAGAUAUCCUUUCGGCCUGAAGAGAUGGAACGGGAGAUUUCCACCACUUUGUCUACAAUUUCAUUUUUCCACCCUGUUGCUCUAAAUGAUAUCUUUUAUGAAACUGGGCCCAGUUCUGACAUAUUUAUAUCUGAUUCUGUAUUAUACUAUGUGGAUGUUUGAUAAAUGAGUGAUUCGAUGGUGCUGUCGCAGUCUCUAUCUAAAGGGCGUUGUAUAUUCUGCAGACUGAGUGCACCGGGGCAAGGUUCUCUGUCACUGUUUGGGAUCACUCGGUCCGUUGCUGUAGUGAGUCCAUAAUCCAUCAAAGAGGCUUACAUGUAGAUCCAAUUAUGCGAAAUGGAAGCACCCACGCUUGUAAUGAACCGAUGAAUCGAUCAAAGCUUCAUCAGGGUGGUUAGAUAUGCUAUGUUAAUUCUUCAUAUAUAUGAUUAUUUAUCAAAUUUCGUAUUAGAAUCGUUCAGUCAUGUUGUACCUGAGUUUUUCAGACUGCCAAAAUUGCGCAAUGGUAAAUUCUUUUUUCUAUCAUUUCUCUUCUGUAUUCAUGAGAAUAUGCCUACGUGGUUGAACCAGGCUAACAACAGGUUGCCAUAUCAAUACAGCGCUUAACCAUAGCGACGGCAAACACACAUCUAUAGGGUAUCUGUGAACAACACAAACCUUUGCUUUUUUCAGUCUAAUCAACUGAUUGUCGUAACUAAGGUAAAUGGGAAGAAAAUUGAUAAAUUCAUCAGGGAUGUUUAUAGAUAAGCGAUAUGAGCUCGAGAGACAAUUCAUCAAAUUCAAUAACAUUUGUAAAAAAUGACUCGUACCCGCACCGCUUGGGGACAUUUCCAUCGCUUUGUAUUCUGAAGGCUGUUUCGUCGUCGACGGAAAAUUCGUUGAACUACAGAAAUGAGUGGUAAAAUAACCGAAAGUACUUCUGAUAUUUUCGAUAAACUCUUUUGGUGAGGUUGAUGAAUGUUUGUGUGCUUGGCUGUUGCAUGAGCUGUCGAAAAGCUCAUCCGAUCAGCCCUGAUCAUGCCGGUUUCUGUUGCGUUAAGAGUCGUGGACCAGGAGUGUCGGGCUGUUUGGACAGUACUGUUGGUCAAUCACUGGGAUGCUGGUUGUGCAAGCCUUGUACCAGUUAUGCUCUCAUGGGUGGAGAGAAGCUUUUUCUUGCUUCAGGGCACGGAGAUGAAGUAGCGGUGAUCACUCCGCGAGUCGAACCCGCAACCUUCUGAGCCCAGCACUCUAACAAAGCCACCAAUCUCCACUCAAAGCUGUUUGGAAACUUGGAUGAUGCAGGUACAGCAAUGGCCGACUUGGUUGCGCUUCAAUUGGCCACGGGGUCUUUUGUUUAUAGCAAUCUUAUACAUAAAACUGUGUACAUAGCAUUUGAAACAUGAUUUAUGGUUGCGAUUAGUAUGUUUGUUUUGUCUGAGUUUGUUAAUAAUUUUGUAAUGGAUUUGGUGAAUGUCAUCAGCAUGGGUUGCUGACUGUGGCGAAUCCGUAAGGAUCUCUCAUACUUUGUUCAGAGUCUUGAAGGGGCCUAUUUCUUCAAAAGAUCUCGAUCGGGGAAGGGAGCACUGGUUUUUUUAGAUGUUAACUUGGACAGACUACAUGUAGGCCUAAGCUUUCGUUACCAGAUAACAACGAAUAAUAAAUAAAGUAUUUUAUCGUUUAUGUUAAAUAGUACGCUUUCUGUGAACUUCUAUAUAUACACAAAGCAGGUCUUUAUGUUUGUACCGCUGAAAUUAAAGUGCUUAUACGGCGUCCUCGGUGGUUUAAGCAACCGUAUAUAGGCAUCUUGACCACCAAGGUUUUUGCAUCUUAUCAAGAUAUACCCCGGCUAUGUUUAGAGUAUAGACCAUGAGGUUCAGGAUAUAACGCCGAAUGCGCACUAGAGGCAGAAUCUUUUUUAGACUACGAAGAUGAUUGAUUAAAAGAAACUGGAAAGAAACCUAUAGCAAUGCCUACAAAAUGUGAAUAUUCUUUCUUAUCGCCGAGCUUCGCGUAUAUCUUCAAUGGUUUAGUUAAGUUAACAAUCUUUCUCAUGUAAAUACGUGACAAUUGAAGGGCUUUGGUCUUGUAGAAAUUAUGUACAUUCACUCUCUGUUCGCAAUGUAGAUUAUGAAUAAACAACGUGUGUACAAGGAAUAAUUUUGAAAAUAAAAAAUGUUUGUCUA